UUGAAGAUUUAAAUUUAAAUAAAAAUUCAAAAGAAGGCAAAAAAUUAGGAAAAGUUGUUAAAUUGUCAGAAUCUGUUUAUGAAAAAAUUAGAGAAUUAAAUUUUAAAUUAUUAGACAAAAAUAAUUUUAAAAAUAUGAAUAAAGAGUUGGAUGAAGCGUCUAAAGAAAUAAUUAAUUUAAUUAAAUUAAUUAAUAAAAUAAAUCCUUUAAUUGGUUAUUUUGAAGAAUUAAAAGAAAUUGAGAAAGAAGUUAAAAAAAGAAAUAAAAAAGAGAAGAAGGAAAAUGAUGUUUUUACAGACGAGGAAAUUAAUUUAGGAAAUGAAAUUUUAAAUAAAAUAGAUUUCUUGAUAGAUAAAGCAAUUGAAGAAUUUAAUGAAGGAAUUGAAGAAAAAUAUAAAAUUUUAAAAGAAAAUGCAGAAAAAAUAAUUUUUGAAAAUAAAGAAAAUAAAAAUUAUUUUUAUUUGGAAAUAUUAACUGAAAUUGAUGAAAUUAAAAAUUAUUUUAAAGAAUCUAGUGAUCUUUUUGUUGGUUAUUGUUUAACUAAAAGAAUUGAAAAUUCAUUCAACAAAGAUGGAACUGUGAAAUUUUCUGAUUUUUUGAGUGAUGGCGUUGGGCAUGAAUAUGGAUUGGAAUUGAAAGAAUUUUUGGGGCAAACACGAAUUGAUAUGAAGUAUAUAAAUAUAAAUUAA